UGAAAUUCCAUGGUUGUUUAUUACAGCACCUUACCUAGUUACAAUCAUCUCUCUCAGCACUUCUCUCCAAUUGGCUCCCUUCUUUCCUUUCGUUUCUCCUUCAACAUUGAAGAUGUCUGUAGCCGCUUGUCAGAUCCGCUGCCACCAACUUCACGGGUGAAUGAAGCUAAAUGAUCCAUCAAUAAGGGGCAAAAGACGCUCCAAAGAUAUCUUUGCAUCAACUUUGGCUGCUCUCAUUAAAGGAUUUUAUCCAAGAAAUGUUGUGAGAUACUCAGCAAACUAACUGCUUGAAUAAUCAGAUAAUUGGUUGUUGCUGGUGACUGUUAGUAAGAUGGACAGAUCGGACACAUCUGGUUUUGUGAGUGGUGGAGGUAGCUUCUUAGAUGUCUUGUGCUGGCUCUUUUAGUUCUGAUUUAUGUGCCUGCUGGUAGCAUCUACUAAAGACUUUUAUUGCUAGUUUCCUUUGGGCUGUAUAGCCCACAUCUCUGAAAAAUGGAUCUCAACAACAAUGGAUUACAGUUUUCUCAAACUUUUGAUUUAACAAAAAAUGACAGUUUUGGAGACACCACUCUUCGUUUAAACUGUCUUGGCUAUGGAGGAAGCAACCCUACUGGAUUAAGAAGUAAAAGCAAUCUAUGUUUGGAUUUUGGCAAUGUUCUUGAUGACAGCUGUGGUUUGGUUCUUGGAUUAGGUCCAGCACCAAGUACAUAUUGUAAUGAUUGUCAAAAUGUUGGUGUUGACAAGAUCAAAGGACCGGCUGGCAGAUUGCCUCCAGGGUUGUUAUCCGAGGGCAAUUCAAUCCUAAAACUUGGCCCUUUUGGAGGGGCGAAGGCAGAUUUAAAGGGGCUUGAAUGUUCUCUUUCAACCGAGACUGAUAUAAACACAUCUGUACUUGAACUUCCGGCUGAUGUUCCUGUUGUUGAUGAGGGUUCCACAUCAGCAAAGAAGUCUGGUGGCUAUAUGCAAUCACUCCUUUUGGCUCCAAGACUAGAUGGUUGCAAAGUUACGGUGCAGGAACAGGAACUUUCACAGCUCAGGACCAAAUCCAGUUUUCGUCAAUCACAACUGAGCGAUGAGCCAUCUUCUCACAUGGAUUUAUCAGGGAGUGUGUCUGAGCAAACAACUAAUCUGACAUCUUCAAACUAUAGAAUGAGCAACACAAAAAGAUGUGAGUUUGUAGGUUGUACAAAGGGAGCUCGAGGGGCGUCUGGUCUUUGUAUUGGUCAUGGUGGAGGACAGAGAUGCCAAAAACUAGGAUGUAAUAAGGGCUCUGAGAGCCGUACUGCAUUCUGUAAGGCCCAUGGUGGUGGGAGGAGGUGCCAGCACUUGGGUUGCACAAAAAGUGCUGAGGGCAAGACAGAUUUUUGCAUUGCCCAUGGGGGUGGGAGACGGUGUCAGUAUCCAGAAGGAUGCACCAAGGCAGCUCGAGGCAAGUCAGGACUUUGCAUUAGACACGGUGGGGGGAAGCGGUGUAAGGUGGAUGGGUGCACCCGUAGUGCUGAAGGACAGGCUGGCUUGUGCAUUUCUCAUGGGGGUGGUCGCCGUUGCCAGUACGAGGGAUGUACGAAGGGUGCCCAGGGGAGUACCAUGUUCUGCAAGGCACAUGGUGGUGGGAAGCGAUGCAUAUUUGCAGGUUGCAACAAAGGUGCAGAAGGGAGCACACCAUUGUGUAAAGGACAUGGUGGGGGAAAGCGCUGCCUCUUUAAUGGUGGUGGUAUCUGUCCAAAGAGUGUACAUGGAGGCACAAAUUUUUGUGUUGCCCAUGGUGGUGGAAAGAGAUGUGUUGUGCCAGGAUGCACAAAGAGUGCACGUGGGCGCACUGACUGUUGUGUUAGACAUGGUGGUGGGAAGCGUUGUAAGUUUGAGAAUUGUGGGAAAAGUGCCCAAGGUAGCACAGAUUACUGCAAAGCUCAUGGCGGUGGAAAGCGAUGCUCUUGGGGGGAGGGAAAAUGUGAGAAAUUUGCUCGGGGCAAGAGUGGUUUGUGCGCAGCACAUAGCAGCAUGGUUCAGGAUCGGGAGACAAACAAGGGAGGUCUUAUUAGAACUGAACUGUUUCAUGGGCUUGUAUCUGCUGCUUCAACAACAACAGGUAGCAGUUUCGACAACAAUUAUUCAUCAUCAGGAGUUAGUGCUGUAUCUGAUUGCAUUGAGUCAUUGGAAAAGCCAGAAAAAAGGCCACAACUCAUACCACCACAGGUAUUGGUACCGCUAUCUAUGAAGUCAUUUUCAUCUUACUCAAGUUUGUUGAAUAAUGGUAAGCAGGAGAAAGGAGGAAUUGGUUUUGGUGGAAGCAGUGAAAGAAAGAGCUUCAAUUUAGUGUUACCGGAGGGAAGAGUUCAUGGUGGGGGACUCAUGUCAUUGUUUGGUGGGAGUCUGAAAGAUCCUAUUGAUGGAAAUUGAAGGUUAUGUUAUGAUGUAGAAAAUAUUAGGGGGUAUUUUAAGAAGCAGAAUUUGUGUAUAAGAUUUGGGGUCUGUUGAUAUAUAUUUAUGUGUUUAAUUAAUUGUGAUGUAUGAUUAUGAUGGAUUUGUCAUGGAUUAUAAAUAACAGUGGGCGACCAAGGAAAUGCAUCAUCGGUGGUGGUGUGGUCGUUUUAAUUAUUGUUUGAUUUGCUUGAGGUUUAAUUUGUAAGAUCAUGCAAUUUUUUGUGUUUUGUGUUUUACGUUCAAGGGUAAGUAAACUUGUAAAUGCCUAGAUUUAGCCUUUUGGAGAAGUGGAUUGAGGAUUUUGUCUUUCCAGGGA